CUGAGACCUGAUUGGCAAGCUUACCUCGAGAGCAAGACCGACAUUUCCCGCUGUCCCUCAACAAGCGCGGUGUUACUGGAUCGCGUUAGGACGAAACACGAAGAAGACUUUUCGCAAGGCAUCGCGCGAAUCUGGCUCAAACGGAUGGAAGCUAAUCUCGACGCCGAUGUCGUCAGAGUGGCGAAGCGAUACGUGUUGAGUAACGUGGCACUGAAUAGUAUAAGCGGGGAAUUGCUAUCGACUAUGCAGAUGGAUGCGAUCUGGGCCGGAAAGGCAGGAGCUGAAGUGAAACCAAAAGUCUGGAACACGGUUUCGCUAUUUCUGCCAGAAUCGCAUCAAGUGGAAUUAGUGAGCUUCAACAUCACGACGAACGGCAAACGAUACGAGCUCCAUCCCUCCAUCGCCGUCGUAGCCCGAAAGACCAGCGAAGACCUGGUUCUGCGCAUGACCGGUCAAGUCAUAGGCAAUGUCGAUCAAGGCGUCUCGGAGCUAUACAAGCACGUACUGGGUUGUGACGAUCGAGGCGUCGCAGUAAGC